AUGUUGAACUUGAUGGGUGUUUUAAACGCCACCGCCGCCAAUGUCUCCUGUACUUGUAACUGCAAGCGGUACACCUCCCUCCAGAGCAUGGAAAUCACCCAACUGGAGUUCGUCCAGAUCCUGGUGAUCGUGGUGGUGAUGAUGGUGAUGGUGGUGGUCAUCACCUGUCUGCUCAACCACUACCGCCUAUCAGCACGCUCGCUCCUCUCCAGACACGCCCCCACACGCAGGAGACACCUGCCACUGGCCAACGAGGGGGGGGGUCUGUGGUCCUCUGAUGGGACCAGCAGUGGUCUGAGUGAGCACCAGGUGUAUAACCCCCGAUCCCCGGACCGAGGGGUCCACCCCUCCUACCUUCAGCGGGAGCCUCAGUCGCAGCCCCCCCCCCUCCAGUCUCAGCGCUUCCAGCACACCUACGCCCCGAGUCGCUUCCAGCCCACGUACCCCUACCUGCCCCAGAGCCUCAUCGACCUGCCCCCCACCAUCUCCCUCUCAGACGGGGAGGAGCCCCCGCCCUACCAGGGCCCCUGCACCCUGCAGCUCCGAGACCCGGAGCAGCAGAUGGAGCUGAACCGCGAGUCGGUCAGAGCCCCGCCCAACCGGACGGUGUUCGACUCCCACCCCCUCGACCCCUCCAACUCCUGUCUGCAGGCCAGUCUGCAGGCCCCUCCCCCCAGCGUCCACUCAGGCGUCAGUGUGCUGGAGGCCCAGGAGGCCUUGUCCCGGCAGCAGAAGCAGGGGACCGGAGUGGAGGGAGCUCCCCCGGCGUACAGCGAGGUGAUCGGGCACUACUACCACCCGACGUCCCUGAGCUCCGGCCACACCCAUCGGACUGUACCACCCUCACAGGCGCCGCCGUCCUCGCUCAUACACGGCCUGCUCCGACCUCCGCCGCCUCAGCAGCCAGGAAGUGUGGACAACAGGAACGCAAGGAACACGAAAGAGAAAUCCCAGAAGCCCCAGCAGGUGUGACGGCACUGCCCCCCCUGUCCCGGCCCGCGGGAACAACGGUAACGCCCGCUCUGAUUGGUCGGCUGUAGUUGUGGCUGACAGCGUCUGGGCUGGGGCGGGGAGGCAGCAGCACGUCAGGUAAGAACACCUGGAGACCACGUCGCUCCUGCAGGAGCACGCCUGGUACUUCCUGUUCCACAGCUUCCUACUUCCUGUCUGAGGAGCGCUUCAGAUGGACAGAUGAUGAUGUCAGAGGAGGAGGUCAGAGGGCGGAGAGGGAGGACCUCCCCCUCCCCCCUCCUCCAUCAGGCUGAUCAAACUUCACUCAAUAUAAAUAUUUACUUGUUCUGUUUGUCUCUCUAGAACCUUUUGUUUGUUUGUUGUUUGUUUGUUUGUCUGGCGCUCACAGGAACAUCAGACGUGUCUCUGGUUCUUCCAGGUUUUUGUUUUUAGUGAUAAUCCACCGUCGCUGCUUCGACUCAGUCCAGCAGCAGCGGCUCCUGCUCCAGGCUUCAGCCGUGUCGUUAGCACGUUAGCACGUUAGCACAGACAGAGUUUAGGUGUAGUUAGCGCUAUCUGAAACUAGAUGUAGCACAGAGCUAAUGGUCCUUGAGCUAAACUUUUCUGCCUUAUGUCGACCGACUGGCGCAGGAGUCGUCGCUGAAAUCCUCCUUUUUAUUUUUAUGUUUUCUGAAGAAGGUUUUGCACAAAGUUGGAGACUGUUCACCCCAGAAGAAGAAGAAGAAGAAGAAGAAGAAGAAUCUGCAAUAUGACGGAGGAGAGAACGUAGAGAAGGUCGAGGGUAUUUUUCUAAACUAAAUGAUUCUUAUCAGUUUUUUUCUGUUGUUUUUAUGUCGUCUAGUUUUAGAGGAACAUCUGUAAUGUGUUGGGGUGCCAACGUCCACGUGGAACAUGUUGCUGCGUACAUGUCGGCCUGUAUAUACGUUACAAAUGGAGUUUAUAUACACACAUGUAUGCAAAGUGAGAGCGAACUUAAAAGCACGAAUUUAGAGUUAUUUAUAUAAUUGCUGAAAAGAAUUGCACUAUUUUUUAAGUAUGAGCAGAUGGAACGUGUGAGAGAGACUUUUAUUGUGAAGGGGCUCUGUCUGUUGGCAUGAACAGAGAGAGAGAGACCUGACACCACAGGGGGGGUAAGAACAAAUCCUGGUUUAUGCAAAACGUCCGAGUCCCGCGAGCCAAUCACGAGUUAGUAUCGAUUACCUGUGAGGCCCAAUCAGAAGCUCUGCUCGUCGCUCUGUCUCUCUCUAUCUCACUCUCUCAUCCUAUUGGCCGAAUCGUUAGCCAAUCCCAAAGCAGGUUGUCACUACCUCGACCAAACAAGUCAAGCACACACGAGUUUGUUCACGUUAAUCAGAGUUUGUGACGUCAAACAAACGUCUGAACCAAUCAGGACGAAGUGUAAUGUAAAAGCAGGAAGAAGCUGAGUUAGACUGAAUCCUGCUGAGUUUUAUUUGAAUGUGAAGAGAGAGAGAGAAAGAGAGAAAGAGAGGGGGCGGGAAAAAGACGUAGACUCGGUGACACCGAAGAAACCAGGUCUACAGGUCCUGACUGUGCACUGCUGUGGACACACUCACACACUCACACACACUCUCUGUGGUGGUCUCUCUCUCUUGCGGGCGUCUCUCAGCACUUUACUGCACCAGGACUGAGACAACAAUCGUCCGUCUGUCAGCGCGACGUUGAAACCCCAGUCCAACAUCUGGACGUGGAACUGUCCGACCUUCAGAGACACAUUUAAGAGACGGACAGACUUCGACUCCAAAACCUCAAACCUCGGGGUGGAGUACGGUGGCCCUGAGAGCUCAACUCACUGCAGCUAAAACACAAACAACUUCUCCAUCAGUUUGACACGAGCUGCAGAUACUCACCACACA